AUGGAUAACGCAGCUGGCGGGUUGCCACGACGCCGUGUCGCCGGGCGCCGUCGACUGCGCAUUGGGGCGCUAACUCUUGGUGCCUUCUUAACGAUGCAUUGCCGAAUCGCAGCUGCUGCACUGACGGGAGGCUCCUAUAAUAAAAAAAAAUCAGUUGUUUUCAUGUUGUUCCUCACACUGGCGGUGAUGUUGCUGGCUAAUCCGCUCCGUCACUUUGAAGUGUACCUCGGCCAAUGGAGCAUUAGUGGACCUGGUCGAGCUUUCCGGAUUAUACCGGUGUUAGAUGGUAUCGGUAUAGCAAUAUGCAUCAACGCAAUAGUGCGAGCCAUAACAUGCUGCACUAUUGCAGCAAUAGCAGCAGUGUACGUAGUGCGUUCCGUUGGAGACGACAAAUUACCAUUUACAUAUUGCAGAGAUUUUGAUUUGAAUCCGUACGACCCAACUGUUAAGGAGUUGAAGACUGUUGGAUUAAUGAAGCCUAAGUUAGGAGAUGAAAAUGAAAUUACAACUCUUGGUUUGUAUGAACGGGCUUUGAGGAGGAACUACACACAUAAAAGAGGUAAAUUUGUAAAAAGGCGACAAUCACAACAAAUACAGAUGUGUAAAGAAACCUACAACAGUGGUUAUCCUGCCUUGUUUAGUACUCCAGCUUAUAAUUUCUUCUACGUAGAAGUAAUGUCGUGGCGAUCUGAUUACAACUUUAGAAAAUUUAAUACGCCCUUAUUGUUUUGUAUAGUUUUUAUAUGGUCAGUGCUGUGGGUUUUACUGGUUAUAGAGCGUUUUACCUAUGGAAGAUUAGUCUGGAAUAAUAUGUAUUUAUGGCUUGUAGCCAUUCCUUGGAUAUGGGUCAUAUUACUGGCAGGCAUGGCGUUUGCUAACCUGAGUAAUAUAAAAAAAGGCUUAGGCAAAGUUUUUCGCAUGGGAGCAAAGGAAGCUCUUAUUGAUGGGCUUGCAUUGUUGGAAUGCGUGGAAGCUGUGAUGUCCGGCCUGGCAACACCGUACGUGUGCGUGCUAGAGCUAGUGGCGUUAAUAUACGUGUACCGCGGCCACGACUUUAUGUCCGAUAUAAACAUCGCCACUGAAGAAAAUAUGUGCUCUACAAGAAUAAACACUCAGUGGCACAUAAUACCAUUUAUUGCAGUAGUAUGUACCAUUCGAUAUGCCUUUGACGAUCACAUGGCUCGGUGGUAG